AUGCAGCGCGCCGCCAGCUGCGGACGCCCCCGGAUGUACGGUGGCCACCUCCGCGCCACAUCCCCUCCGGCCUCCGCCCUCUCGGCUCCGGCCUGGCUGGGAGCGACUUUGAUGAAGACCUGUUUUAUAUUAGACUUUUCCUCAGCAUUAACUUUCACAUUUUUUUUUUCUUUGUGGCUAAUAGAACAUUCCAGUGUACCAGUAGAAAAAAAUAUCACUUUAGAAAGGUCUUCUAAUAUAGAACUCACAUGCCAAUUCAUAACAUCUGAGGACUUGAAUGCAGUAAACGUGACUUGGAAAAAAGAUAAUGAAGUACUUGAGAAUAAUUCCCUCAUCAAUGCAAUGUUAAACAUCCUAUAUACCCAAUACAAGUUCACAGUCAUUAAUAGCAACCAAAUGGGAAGUUAUUCUUAUUUCUUUGGAGAAAAAAAAGAACACAGGGGCACAUUUCAUUUCAAAGUCCCUGGAGAAGGACAUCAUAAACUUGUGAUAAUGAACAUCAUUAUAUAUAUGGGGGAUUCUACUAUCUUGAGUAGUAAAUGUGAAGAACGUUUUCCUUUAAACUGGACCUGGUACUGUAGGAAUGGGAGUUUACAGUUAAGAUUAAAUGUCCCUGUUGACAUUCAAAUGAAUAGUAAGUUCUAUGUGAUAAUAGAACAUAUGGUAAUGAACAAACUCAAGAUAAUGCAACUUUCAGAGGAAGAUCGGGGAUCUUACUGAUGCCAUGCAGUCUUCCAAUUAGGCAAGAGUGAAAUUCUCAUUGAACUUGUAGCGCUGAGCUAUUUGGUGCCCCUUAAACCAUUUCUUGCAAUAGUUGCUGAGGUUAUUCUUUUAGUGGCUAUUAUUCUGCUUUUUGAAACGUAUAUCCAAAAGACUAAGAAUCACCCAGGUGAUGGAAAAGCAUUUGAACGAAUUGAACAGCUGAAAUCAGAUGAUAGCAGUAAUGGUAUAGAAAAUAAUGCCCCCUUGCACAGAAAAAAUCCAGUUACCUCCAAAUGCUACUCCAAAUAA